CUCAAUUCAAGAAUUUGAAUAAAGUCAGAAAGCUCAUAUAGAUUGGACAAAAACGGAGUUUGAUUUCUUUUUGUGAUCUGAAGGCAAAGGAAGAAGAGAGAACAAUGGCGUUUACAGGUACACUAGACAAAUGUAAGGCGUGUGACAAGACUGUAUACGUUAUGGAUUUGAUGACUUUGGAAGGUAUGCCUUACCACAAGUCAUGCUUCAGGUGCAGCCAUUGCAAUGGCACUCUCGUGAUUAGCAACUACUCAUCCAUGGAUGGAGUUCUGUACUGCAAGCCCCAUUUUGAACAGCUCUUUAAAGAAUCUGGAAACUUCAGCAAGAAUUUUCAGACAGCAGGAAAGACAGAUAAAUCGAAUGAAAUGACGAGGGCUCCAAGCAAGUUAUCAUCCUUCUUUAGCGGAACACAAGACAAAUGUGCAGCUUGCAAGAAAACUGUUUAUCCCCUAGAGAAGAUAACAAUGGAAGGAGAAUCUUACCACAAGACUUGCUUUAGAUGUGCACACGGUGGCUGCCCAUUAACACACUCUUCAUAUGCUGCUCUCAAUGGUAUCCUUUACUGUAAGGUCCAUUUCAAUCAGCUUUUCCUCGAGAAAGGUAACUACAGUCAUGUCCUAGCCGCUGCUAACCACAAACGCACAUCUGAGGAAGACAAAACCGAAACCAACGAAGAACAUGAGUCUGUAGCAAACCCUACAGAAGAAGAAGCUUCUGGUGUACCCCCUGAAGCAGGUGAAGAACAUGACUCUUAAGAUAAUCCGGGUCAUAUACAUAAACUGUUUAUUCAUUUUAUAAGUAAAAGCAAUGUAUUAGACCAACAUAUAACUGUUACACUUGUAGCCUUGUAUGUGAAUGUAUUCAUGCAUGAGAUGAAUAACAAUAUGUUGAUUGAGCUAGCUCAAUCUCUGUGACAAUAUC